UUCAGGAACUAACCCAUACAUUAACUUGGUGAAGACCGUUGUAGUUGAUGGUGAGGAGGUGAAAUACUAUGAUCUUCCUAGUAUAAAUGAUCCUCGCUAUGAAAAGUUACCAUUCUCAAUCCGGGUGUUGCUGGAAUCAGCAGUCCGUAACUGUGAUAACUUCAAUAUCUUACGUAAAGAUGUUGAGAACAUAUUAAACUGGGAAGUAAAUCAAAGCCACAAUGUGGAGAUACCCUUCAAACCUGCCAGGGUCAUUCUGCAGGACUUCACAGGUGUGCCAGCUGUAGUGGAUUUCGCUGCUAUGAGGGAUGCCAUCAAACGUCUAGGUGGAGACCCUGAAAAAAUAAACCCCCAAUGCCCAGCAGAUCUGGUUAUCGAUCAUUCUGUACAAGUAGAUGUGGCCAGGAGUAAAAAUGUGCAACUACGGAAUACUCCCAACCCUGGCGGCGGGAGGUCAGGGGCUUGCCAGGGGUCGGGUCAAAGGUCAAGCUCAGCUACGUGCAAUAUGUGUCGCAGUGGUGUUCCCGGCCUGCCUAUUGCCGAUGAAUAUUGUCCGUUUCAUGGUUCAAAAACAGAAGGUGCUGAUGCUCUACAGAAAAACCAAGAACUAGAGUUUGAUCGCAAUAAAGAAAGAUUCUUAUUUCUCAAGUGGGGUGCCAAGGCUCUGAAAAAUAUGCUCAUAGUUCCACCAGGGUCAGGUAUUGUUCACCAAGUGAACCUUGAGUACUUGGCUAGGGUGGUUUUCAACCGAGAGGGCAUGCUCUAUCCUGACAGUCUUGUGGGUACUGACUCUCACACCACAAUGAUUAAUGGCUUAGGAGUAGUUGGCUGGGGUGUAGGAGGUAUAGAGGCUGAAGCUGUCAUGUUAGGCCAAUCCAUUAGUAUGGUGCUACCUAAAGUUAUAGGAUACAAACUACAUGGGAAACCCGCCAGUUAUACCACAUCCACUGAUAUUGUUCUUACCAUAACCAAGCAUUUAAGGCAGAUCGGCGUUGUAGGAAAAUUUGUUGAAUUCUUUGGCCCUGGAGUGGCUGAGUUGUCUAUAGCAGAUCGUGCCACCAUUUCUAACAUGUGCCCCGAAUAUGGUGCUACUGUUGGAUAUUUCCCUGUCGAUGAGCAAAGUAUGGCUUAUCUACACCAGACUGGCAGAGAUGACAAAGCUUUGGAGUACAUAGAGAGCUAUCUUAAGUCGCAGAAGAUGUUCCGUAACUUCAAUAACCAAGCUGAGGACCCAGUCUUUUCAGAGGUUGUCGAACUAGAUCUAGCUACUGUUGUAGCAUGUUGUUCUGGACCUAAGAGGCCACAUGACAAAGUUGCCGUAACUGAUAUGAAGCAGGACUUCAAAGAGUGCCUUUCCAACAGAGUAGGCUUUAAGGGUUUUGCAAUCCCAGCAGACAAGCUUGAAACCACAGUCCCAUUUGUGUUUGAGGACAAGGAGUACACCUUAAAGCAUGGCUCUGUAGUGAUAGCAGCUAUAACAAGCUGUACAAACACCAGCAAUCCAUCAGUUAUGUUGGGUGCAGGUCUCUUGGCUAAGAAGGCUGUUGAGAAAGGUCUCUCAGUGAACCCCUACAUCAAGACCAGUCUGUCACCUGGGAGUGGUGUGGUCACUUAUUACCUACAAGAGAGUGGGGUCACAGAAUUCUUAGAAAAAUUAGGGUUUAACAUUGUCGGUUAUGGGUGCAUGACUUGUAUAGGAAACAGUGGGCCAUUAGAUGAAAAUGUAGCACAGGCCUUAGAAAAGGGUGACUUGGUGACUGCAGGCGUGUUAUCUGGGAACCGUAACUUUGAGGGUCGCAUCCAUCCUCUAACCAGGGCUAACUACCUAGCCUCCCCACCAUUGGUCAUAGCCUACGCUCUUGCUGGCUCCGUCCUGUUUGACUUUGAGAAAGAACCUUUAGGUACAGAUUCUGAUGGUAACAACGUAUUCCUCAAGGAUAUCUGGCCAUCAAGAGAGGAGAUUCAGGAGAUUGAGAAGCAGUUUGUCAUUCCCAGCAUGUUCAAGGAAGUGUAUGCCAAGAUAGAGAAGGGCAAUGAUAGAUGGAAUGCUCUAGAUGCUCCAGACAGCAUGCUCUAUCCAUGGGAUCCUAAGUCAACCUACAUCAAGUCACCACCAUUCUUUGAGACAAUGACACGAGAACUACCAGGGUAUACAAGUGUAAAAGAUGCAGCAGUAUUAUUGAAUGUUGGGGACUCAGUGACAACUGACCAUAUCUCCCCAGCGGGAAGUAUCGCACGCAACAGUCCAGCUGCCAGAUUCCUUGCCAGUAAGGGGCUCAUCCCUAGGGAGUUUAACUCUUAUGGGUCCAGGAGAGGGAAUGAUGCAGUAAUGGCAAGAGGGACAUUUGCAAAUAUUAGGUUGAUGAACAAAUUCAUUGGUAAACCAGGACCUAAGACUAUUCACCUGCCAUCUGGGGAUGAGAUGGAUAUAUUCGAUGCAGCAAUGCGCUACAAGGAUGAAGGCAAGGUUGUCAUGGUGCUAGCUGGCAAGGAGUAUGGUUCUGGUUCUUCCAGAGACUGGGCAGCUAAAGGACCAUGGAUCCAGGGCAUUAGAGCAGUAAUAGCUGAGAGCUAUGAGCGUAUUCACCGUAGCAACCUGGUAGGGAUGGGUAUCAUCCCCCUGCAGUACAUGCCUGGAGAGACUGCAGAGACACAUAGCCUUACAGGCAGAGAGACCCUCUCUGUGGAGAUACCUGAGGACUUGAAGACAUUACAGACAAUCGAUGUCAAGGUGAACGAUGAUAGAAGUUUCAAGGUAAUUGCGCGCUUUGAUACAGAUGUGGAACUGAUGUACUUUAAACAUGGAGGUAUCCUAAACUACAUGAUCAGAGGGAUGCUUUAGUUAUAUUGAUAUAGCUACAUAAGCCAUGGUUGCAUUUAUUGUAGUUAUGGUUUCUAUAGCAACAGCAUACUGAAACCUAGUUAUUACAUUUAUUGUAGUUUUGGUUUCUAUAGCAAUGGCAUACUGAAAUCUAGUUAACCAUAUUAAAAUUGGA